AUGAAUUCCGACAUGGCAGAUGAACUGUCUUUCGAUGAACCUUCUGUAAAUGAUCAGUUAUUCUCGGAAGAGAAUUUGCCUCCCGGAUGGGAAAUAAGAACAGUGGACGAUGGAAGGAUCUAUUACGUAAAGUAAGACUUUGUUUUGUUUAUUAUUACGGAGAGCAAGCCUUUUGCCAGUGUUGCACGUCGAUCAUUGUAUUGAACUGCUCAUUAAAAAAGUAAGUAAACUUUCUUCGACUGCGAUCUACAUGUGGCUUGCAUGUGCGUAAUAUCCUCAGAGGUAUAAUUUCAUAGAGGCAUCAACAGAUUUGGAUUAAAUCAAGCCAAACGUAACCAAGCUUUUAGCUUUAAUUUAAAACGGAAUCAAUGUACUUAAGACUUUCAGGUUUAUAUAAGAUUACAUUUAUUCUUAUUAAAGCUUAAGCUCAUAUAUUCACCAGUAUUUUGUUCAAUUAUCAGUCAUUUGACAAAAACUACUCAGUGGGAGCAUCCCCAAUCAGGAAAAAGAUACAAAGUCACUGGAGGUAAACAACUUCAGGUCAAUAAUAAUUGUUCAUGAAGUGGAAAUUGUUUACAAUAUUAAGUUAAUGUAUUUAUUCAUAUUUUACAGUCCUGUAAAUUAAGAGAGUUACAUGACCAUGACCCUGGGUAGCUCAAAACUUUACCAUAAUAGACCAGGAGAAACAUAAACUUGUCAAAUUUACAUUUGGAACCCCCUGACUACCAGAUUAACAAUGUAAACAAUGAUUUACAUAAUCAAUAUGGCAUUUCUGUCAUUGAGGGGCAGAUCUCUCUCCUGUGAAACGUCCUUAUAGCAGCAAGGAGCGAAUGGAGGUGGCAGUUUUUGCACACUAGACUCAUAGCAAGUAUACAGUAUCCGGAAUAUUUUUUGAAAAAAUAUCUUGGAAAGUAUCUAAGAAAGUAAGGGCAUGCUUCCCUAUCAGCCAUAAUUUAUGACUGUUUUGGUAAGCACUGAGCUACUGGUUAAAAAAUCAACAGCCAUUUUCUAUGGUCUUUGCUGUUAUCAACAGCAGUAAACUGAGAGCACACGUGAGGGGCGAAGGGCAAAGCCGCAAAGAACAAGGGCCACCCGGCAGAAGCCCGAGCAAAGAAAAAAUAAGAGACUGUAAUGGGAUCUUUUAUCUGGCAAUUUGCUGCUUUGCACACCUCCCUAAUUGCGGUCAUUGCCAGCUCCUUCCUUUCUGAUAAUUGACAACGUUUCGUGUGCUUUUUCCUGUAAUCAAACAGCUUGUUUUCGAUUGUCUGUUCACUGCUGUUUAGUUUGGAACAUUAGUUCUUUAGUUAUCUGUGAGGUGAUGGUAGGGUUCCUCAAAGAAGGCGAGGAAAAAAGUGAAUAGGCGAAAGAGCCUCACAAUGCCUACGUUAUAGACCGGCAAACCAGUUGAAACUUACCUUUCAUCGUCAGGUAUGAGCUAUGAAAGUUGGAGCGGGAGUGAAAAUUGGACCCUUUUCGGACUGAGAUGUUUUUGUCAUUGACAUAUUGACAGGUAGCCCACCAAUCAGGAAUUUCCGUUUCACUAAAACAAUAAUUCAAAACACAAUAAGACCUCCAUGGUCAUCCUUUUUCUUCUCUUCACCCCAAUCUCUCCUCCUUUUUCUCCAUUAAUUUGCAUAAUUUUACUUCUUCGCUCACUGCACGUGGCUCCGAGAAAAGAAGACGACCACUGGCGGUCUAGUCCGACAUCACAUUGUUUAAAACUCAUAUGCAACCACAAGCUGCAGGCAAGUGGUUUCACUGACAGUUUUUGACAUCCAUUUCCUGUGAAGUUUCUUGGAAAAUCAUGUGUAAGAGAAAGAGAAAACAAUGUGUGCCAUCAUCACAUCAUUUCUAUGGUCUCCUUCCUACUCUCAGCAACCAUAGCUCUCCAAUAAUCAGUGUGUGAAAUCCCUGUUAUUGUAAAAAAAACAGUGCUACUACUCCCUGGAUGGGAGUUACUGGCAGCAGUAUGUUGCCAGUACUCAUUUCACACCUGAGCACAACAGACCUCUCAUGGGUCCUGCAAGUCCUGUCCAUGUUCAUCUCAAUUGGUCAGGUCUGUUCUCAGUGAAGGUGAUUAAGCUGGUAUUAUAAGUAGGUGGCUCUAACUAUAUUUUUAAUCCAACAUCAGAAAAAAAGAGUUUUUAUAAUGAUAGCCACCCAUAUAUAAAGCUGUAUUGAUCAUGGGAAGGCACACAUAAGAAACUAAGUUAAUUUUCAGAAGAUUAUUACUUCAGUCGCCAUAGACUAUAAGGCAUGUACUGGCUUCAUAACACCUGGCAAAAGCUUUUUCACAUUUACAUUGAUUUCUGUUUUCUCUCUAGACCUUCCACAUGGCUGGCAGAAGCAAUAUGACAGUAAAGGCAAUGUUUUCUUCUUUGAGUAAGUCAUCAACAUAGCUUACUAAUAUCAGCAAUAAAACAUUUAAGUUUGAGAAAGUAUUUCACAUCUUAAAAAUUAGUUUCACUCAACAUUUUUUAUCAGUAGAUUAAAGGUAUCACCACCUUUUUUAUCUGAGUGUAUAUAGUUUAAAGACCCAUGGAUUGCAUCAUAUACUUUGUUUGCAGUGUUGUAAACAGACGUACAAGUCAUACUGAUCCAAGGCUUGGAAAAAAUCCUAGUAAUUAUCACACAAAAAGGCUGGAUGGCUACUCUAAUGCCAUGCAUGUUUUAAAUGGAGAGAACCUAACUGGAAAGGUUGCUGUGGUGACAGGAUCCAAUAGUGGUAUUGGUAAGUGUUUAAAGGGAUACUUUUAAUUUACACUGUUAAGUUGUUAGUUAUGUGUGGUACAUGAACAAGCAGGGCUGCCAUUCUCCAGAGAUCUAAAAUCUUUUGCAGUAUCACUCAACGUCAACCACCUCAUCUAUAAGAUGAUUGCAUCACUGGGCGGUGAUGCCAAGCCAGGCCUUGUCUCCUUCAUCCUGUCAUAUAAAUAAUGGAAGGUGACAUAAGGAACUCGCACUCCAUUUUAAAAAGAGUAGGGGAGGUAGACCCUGGUGGUGUGGUCUUUCUCUCAUAGGGGUAGCUGGGGAAUUGUUACGCCCCUGCAGUAAUUGACACCAUGAGCUGUUGUGGUGACCCUGCCAAAACUGGCAAACCUAAGUAAAUGAUAUAACAAAAUAAACCAAAAGGAACAAGGUUAAUAAUUAAUUAUAACUUUGUUAAACAUUGCCAUACCUGUAUACAUCAACCUCCUCCCCUAAAAAUUGACUUUAUAAUUUGGAGAUGGAUGGAGAAGCAUACAUGUACACAGGCUAGAAAUUGACAAAAUGAACGCAUCCAGCUUCUUACCUUUGUCAGGUUUUGAAACAGCCAAAGCACUUGCACUUCACGGAGCUCAUGUGAUUUUAGCCUGCAGAGACAUGAACAAAGCAAGCAAGGCAGCUGUAUUGAUAAGAACAACACAGGUCUGUUAAUUUGUUUAUGGGUAAUUGAUAUCUGUUAAGCGAAAUACCAGUCAAUUUAAAAUGUUUUAAUUUUAUGGAGGUGUUCUCCCCAACUAGAAGAUAUUUUUAUACCGCUUGUCUUCCAAUUUAACAGUCAUUUAAAUAACAAGUGCAGCGUUGUCAGAAAGUUUUGAAGUACACAGCUGAGUUGUCAAAGAAAGCGGCCAGUCCAUGGAUAUUUUAUUUAAAAGACGCCAUCCGUAAAGAAAUGCCAAGCAGAGUAGCUGGCCGAUACUAACCAAGCAGGCGGCGAAUUUCACCGGCAGCCGGCUAAUCUUGACAACCCUGCAAAUGACUGAAUGUCAGCCUAAAUUCUACUUCCUCUCUAGAUUUUAAGGUGCUGAAUUAUCUCCAAGAACCAUCAACCAAACAAUAAUAUAUUUUUCACCCCAAAAUCAAUUGUUUAUACAUUUGUAACUCGUCACAAAGUAUUAGCAAAAACAAAGAAGGGUACAGGCUGCCUGAAACAACUAGAGGCAGCAAGAAAGAUAGGGUAACCAGACUUAGAAGAUAAAUGACACAUAAUAGAUAGGGUCUGAUACAUUACACCCACAAAAUUCCCUGAAAUUGAUAUCGGACAUAUCUGCCAUGCGAUGAACCCAUCCCAUUCAAGCAGCUAACAAUACUGUUAGGCCAUGCCUAGUAAAUGGACAGCAUAGCUCACCUAUAGAGUUCCCCUGCUGCUGAAUCUUGGUGUUUUUUUUUCUCUGUCACAUGCUCAAGACAAGACAAAAACAACAUUUUUUCUCACAAAAACAUUAUUGUUUCCUCCAAGACUCCUGAAGCUUAUGUUGAGGCGAUGUUGCUGGACUUAGCUUCCUUUGCAAGCAUCAGAAGCUUUGCAGAACAAUUUAGACAAAGAAAACUGUAAGUCUUAAUAAUGUUUUUGCAACAGUGGAUUUAUUCAUAACAGUGCAGCUUCUGAUUUUUGUAUGUGGUGGUUUGAUCUCACAUAAUUGAUGUCAAAUCACAUUAAUAAUUAUUGCAUUCCAUCCACAGGGACAUGUACCUCAUUAAUUAAAAAGUACAUUACCUAGACAAAAACAGGCAUACAUAAAAUUUAAUACUAAUAAGGUUAUUAAUAAUUUUGCUUUGAAAAUAAUUCUUUUGCAGAACCUCAAAUAUUAUUAAUGUUAAUGUUGUUUUGAAUCUAAAAUGAUUUACUAUUCUAGGCAAAAUAUAGCCCCAGAAAAACUGCAUAAUUUGCUUCUCAUAUCAGACGUUUUUGCCAUACACUGACUGUGACUUCCAGAAAAUUCCACAAAGUUUACCAAUAUUUUUGCAGUUAUAAUCAGGUGACCUCCCCACAGGUUGCAUGGGUACUGGAGGUUUCGAAGUUUAGCUAAGUUUUUUUGUUUAUUACAAUGGUGGCUAUAAUAAUAAAUAAAUAUAUCUCUUUUUGAAUAGAAAUCCAAAGGCCCUUCAGAUACAUGUUUCUAAAAAUAAUGUCUUUGUUUCAUUUCCCAUUUUAAACAGUCCCCUUCACAUCUUAAUUUGCAAUGCUGCAGUAUUUAGUUCAUCAUGGAAAAAGACAGAAGACGGAGUUGAAAGCACCUUUGGAAUCAAUCACCUUGGUCAUUUUUACUUGGUUCAGUUAUUAGGGGAUAUUCUUUGUUCCUCUUCUCCUGCCAGAGUAGUUGUUCUCACUUCUGAAUCCCAUAGGUUGGUAUAUCACUUCUGUAGUUUAGUGAAAUUUAGCAUUGUUCUCCUUUCUCUUUCUAAGUUAAAGUUCAACUUGGUGUAGUCGUUUACAGUCAGUUUACAGAUCCUUUAUUUACUUGCCAAGCACCUUGGGGGUGUUGAUUGGUGGUUACCCCUCUCUGGUUGCUAUGUAUACAUUGUGCUCAUCUCUUAUCUGCUUGGCACCUCUGUCCUCCAGGGCACCCAUGCUCAACCUCAUUUUUUUCAUUGUUCAAGUCAGUACUCUGAAAGUGACCCGGGAUCCACACUGACAUUUGAAUACUAGACUUUUGAUUAUUAUGAAUGGUGAUGUAAAUCAAAGGCAGCCCAAAGAAGAUGAUCAGUGUUACAAAAUUCAUGGUGAAUGAAGAAUGAUUUUGAACAUAACAAGAGGCAUUAGAAAAACAAAAAUGAAAAAGAAAUUUUUCAAUAGAGGCAGUAGUGAUUGUAAUAACAGCGAACGUGAGGCUGAUUAUGUUCGUUUUACCAGGUUUCCCGACUUGAGCUACUCCAAAAGGUUAAAUCUAUCAGAUGUUCCACUCUCCAAAGACAAAUACUGGUCUAUUGUUGCUUACAACCAGUCCAAACUUUGCAACUUGUUGUUUUCCAUGGAGCUCAAUCGCCGUCUGAAAUCAAAAGGAGUCACAUGCAAUGCAGUGCAUCCUGGCAAUCUUAUCUACACAUCGCUGCCAAAGAACUCUUGGUUUUAUUGGUUGUUGUUCCUAAUGGCAAGGCCCUUUGCGAAGACAGCUGUAAGUAAACCCUCUCAUCCUUUAUAGUUAACUGAAAAAUGCAAACAUGUCAAUUAAUUUCUUGUGGUAAAUUCUUAGAAAUAAAUAUUAACAUCAGAGGUGGAUCUAGGGGGAGGGUGCUCGGAUGACCUCCUUUUAAUCAACACUGUGCAGUCGCUUCACAGUCAUACAAAAUCUGCUCUAUCGUUUGAUAUGUAUUCUCAGCAGUUCACAUUAUGUUAUUUCCUAGUCAAAAGCCCUCUUCUUCGUAUUCGCUUUUAAAAUUUUUUACGUCAUCAGUCAUUUAGUGGUGCACCCCCUCGUAAGAAAAUUCCUAGAUCCACCCCUGAACAUGCAAAAGCUCUGUCAAAGAGGUUACAUUUGAAUGGUAGCAUUGGCAGAUCAAGGGAGGGGCCCGGGCUCCCCCUUAUUUUUAGACCAAACUGAGGCUCAAAGGGCCGAAAAAUUUGGGGGAGACCGGGUCCCCGCAUUAUCUCAAGGUCUGGAUCUGGCUCUGGGUAACGCCAAAGGAUUUAAUUCACCUAUAGCUAUCAGAAAGGUAAUAAAAAUGACAAAUAAUUUUUCCAUGACUUGGCCAGUCUACUGAAGAUGUGGAAGGUUCAAGACUAUAUGACAUUUAGUAAAAUCCAACUAGUGGUCUAUUAUCAAUGCUGCAUUCUGAUUGGUUGCGCUACUUCUAGGCUAUAUGUUAUCACCCACUAGUAGCGAAAAGCACCGGCUUUGAAAACCAAAGCAAUGGCAGUUGAAUCACGUUUUGCUAACUAAAGUUGUUUUGUCUCAAUAUUUUUGGCCAAUUAGUUGGAUUUUACUGAUGGCCUCUCAGUCAAUUAAGCCAUUUGGCCUUCGGGCUCAUGGGCUAUUGACUCAGAGCUUAUUAGGACCACCCAAAUUUAUCCCAGCCAACACAAAAAAUACAGCCAAUCAAAAAGCAAAAAGUGAUUUACAAAUUCAUUGGUUAGGGCAUGAUCCCCUCCUGCAAUCAUAUAUAUACUUUUUGACUUCAUGAGCAAAACAGCUACGUCAGGGUUUGGAGGGCAUCUAUUCUGAGGAUCCAGGAUUUGACCAAAAUAUGGUGCAGGGUACAGGAUAUGACUGCGGCCCGGGAAGUGGGAUUCACCAAUUUAAGGAAUAUGUGGAUUGGGAAAGAAAAUGAUUGGAAUUAUAUUAGAUGAAACAAGUUCAGAAAGAGCAGGUAUGCAUGCCCUAGGAUUCCAAGGUAAUGAUUGUUUCUGGUACCGUGUUGUUACCGUGGUCUUAAAAUAACAGAACCGAAAAAUAGUUUCAGCCUUGAUCAAUUUACAGAAAUUCACUGUUUUUCCACAUGGAUUCUUAACUAGUAGAGCAAUAAUAUUAUUCUUAGUUAUGACUUGGGUUAUGUACGAAACUAAAACUUUGAUUAGCAUCUAUCAUCGUUAUCAUCUUGAAUCAUUUCCAAAGUGCAUUGAACGUUACUGGUUUAUGGGAUCCAGGGCCAACAAAAAAGUGUAUGACUUCCAAAAAUUGAAAACAUUUUAGAGUUGGGUUUCCAUGAAUUUUUACCAUGCUAAAAAAAAUUGUUACAGAUGGUUUCCCAUGACUUCUGGGCACGGAAGCGAAAGACUGUUUUCCAUGGGAAUUGAAAUGCUAGGGCUUGGAAAUGCAGGUUCAGGAUUCCCCUUCCUGACCCUACAGCUGUAUUAAUAAGUUAUCUGAGCAUUAAGUUUCAGUAUUUUAAGGUACUGAAGUUUGCUGUCCAAAGACCAAGAGCUCCACUGAGUGCUAAGCAAUGUGUUUGACCUAAUUUUCAGGCCCAAGGAGCAGCCACUGUUGUAUAUUGUGCUACGUCAAGGGAGCUUAAUAGAGUGGGAGGACAUUAUUUCAACAACUGCUCUGUGUGUUUGCCAUCAGAGGAAUCAAAAAACCCAGACACGGCUGCAAAGUUGUGGCAACUGAGUGAACAACUUGUCAGACAGAUAACAUCAAAUGAAGAGCCAGUUGUGAACUUAGAACUAAUCCAGCAGCUGUAUGUAACAUGA